CGUCGCUAGAGCGCCACGACGUCUCGGGAAACGCGCGCGUCGCGAUAUCAUUAAAGUUAUGUGAAUAGUUUUAAAACUAUUUUAAGAACGCUUUGAGUUUUUAAAAGCUUGGUUUACAUGGAGUGCCGCGAUUAGCUUCCGCUUAGAUGGAUAGAAAACAAAAAAAUCCGAUGAUCGAAACAAAAUCCAUGAUCGACUUCGACAAUUUCGAAAUAAACGAUAUCAAAUUAGAUGACUUUGUAACUGACGGGGAGUUUAUUGAAAGUGUUGAUAGGAUGCUCUCCUCCGAAUAUUUUGGCGGAUUCUUUGAUGCAGUGCAGGUACAUACGGAAACUAGUGAGCUUCACAAGACGGCCGUUUUCGAAAUCAAAGCCAACGGUGCAACUAUAGUGAUGAAUGCUUCGUUAAAUGCAACGGAAUCCGCUUUCAUUCCGGAACUUUUUUAUCGGCAUUCGGCAGCCAUGACAAUUAUUUAUUGUGUCGCAUAUCUUUUGGUGUUCGCUGUCGGUUUGGUUGGAAACUUUUUCGUUAUAGCUGUGGUGUUUCGAUCACCGCGCAUGCGGACGGUCACAAACUUUUUCAUUGUGAACUUAGCCGUUGCUGACAUUUUAGUGAUAGUUUUUUGCUUGCCGGCUACGCUGAUGUCCAAUAUAUUUGUCCCUUGGGUUCUUGGAUGGUGGAUGUGCAAAACAGUCCCUUACGUACAGGGUGUAUCCGUUGCUGCUUCUGUGUACAGCUUGGUGGCAGUAUCUCUAGACAGAUUCCUGGCGAUAUGGUGGCCCCUCAAAUGCCAGAUCACCAAGAGACGCGCCCGAAUCAUGAUCGUCUUCAUUUGGUGCGUCGCUUUAACAACCACAAUCCCGUGGGCUUUAUUCUUCGAUUUGGUCGUUAUUUUCACCGACGCACCGGACGUCCAGCUCUGUCUGGAAGUGUGGCCGAAACCUCUCAGCGGCUCUCUCUACUUUUUAACCGCAAACUUGUUAUUUUGUUAUAUUCUGCCCAUGAUACUCAUCACCAUGUGUUACGUUCUCAUUUAUAUCAAGGUCUGGAAACGAAACAUUCCUAGCGACACCAAGGACGCCCAAAUGGAACGCCUGCAACAGAAAUCGAAAGUGAAAGUCGUCAAAAUGCUGGUAGCGGUCGUCAUUUUAUUCGUCAUAUCUUGGUUGCCGUUGUACGCCAUUUUUGCGAGGAUCAAGCUGGGCGGGGACAUCGAACCGUGGGAGGAGGAGAUUCUUCCGAUAGCUACUCCAGUAGCGCAGUGGUUGGGAGCUUCGAAUUCCUGUAUAAAUCCGAUCCUGUACGCGUUUUUCAAUAAAAAAUUUAGGAAAGGCUUCGUGGCUAUCAUCAAAAGCAGGAAGUGUUGCGGGAGGCUCAGGUACUACGAAACCGUAGCCUUGAUGUCGUCAUCGACUAGCAUGAGAAAGUCGUCGCACUUUUACAACAACAACUCUUCGACUAGAAAAAUACCUAUUAACGAAAACAUGGCGGUAUCCUAUAUUUGCAACAACACUGGGGUGUGA